AAUUCAAGUCAUUUAAAUAAUUGUUUUUCUUUAUAGGAAGUUUUUAGUGUUUCCGUUGGUAAUUUACCACCAAAUUGUGAAGUUGUUAUUAAAAUAACAUAUGUCGUGGAAUUAGCAAUUGAAAACGAUGAUAUAGUAUUUCGUUUACCAGCUAAAGUAGCAUCGUGGCAAUCUAAAAUGGCUAUUGAAGACCAUAAUCAAACAUUAUUACCAUCCAUUGGAAUAACAGCAACAGCAGAUUCAAAUAAAAUACAAUUUAGUUUAAAAGCAUCCAUAACAAUGCCAUAUGAAAUAAGAAAAUUAUUUUCACCUACACAUCGUUUAAGACGAAAAAUCACCGAUUGUCAAGCAAUGAUUGAACUAAUUGAUAAUAUAUUUGAUAAAGAUUUUAUACUAACAAUAACAUUAACAACUAUACAUAUUCCAAGAAUGUUAGUUGAAACAUAUGCAUCAGAUUCGGAAUCCAGAGCGUGUAUGUUAACAUUUUAUCCAAAAUUUGAUUCAGAGGGUCAAUCAACAUCAACAACUGAAAUUAUUUAUAUAAUUGAUUUAUCUAAUUCAAUGGAUGGUAAUGCACAAAAGCAAGCAAAACAACUGGCACACACAUUUUUAUCGAAUAUGUCUAUUGAAAAUAAUAACAAUAAUAUCUUAUUUAAUAUUGUUACAUUUGGUUCAGAUUCAGAUGAAUGUUUUCCAAUAUCAUCUCUUUUAACAAAAGAAAAUCUUGCUAAAGCAAAACAUUUUGUUUUACAUUCAUUGGAUCAUCGUGGUAAUACUGAUUUAUUUUCGGUUUUGUAUAAUUAUUCACUUUUACCAUCAUAUGGUGGACGAAAUUACAUACUUCUAUCCGAUGGUCAUCUAAAUGAUAUGAAAUCAAUUUUGCUAUUAUUAAAACAAAAACAAAUGAAAUAUGAUAGAUUUUUUACAUGUUCCAUCAGUGAUACAGCCAAUAAACAUGAUUUAAAACAACUAAUAAAUUCAGCAGGUGGUGGCUUCGGAACUGUUUUUGAUAGUAAUUAUCGUUCAAAAUGGAAAACAAAAGUGCUAAGUAUUUUAGAAAACGUUCGACAACCAUGUGUCAACGGAAUUGUUAUUGACUGGCAUACUGAACAACUAGAUGAAAAUAAUAAUUUUCAGUUUCUUCAAGCGCCAUCCCAUAUUCAUUCAUUAUUUAACGGUAUGCGUUUAACAGUUUAUGGUUUUAUUAAUAAUUGUUACAAGGCAACAUUAAAAGCGAAUGUAAAUGGGCAUGAGUUGACCACAACUGUGUUUACAAGUAAAAUAACUGAAACAACUGGGAAAAUUCUACAUUGUUUAACAGCACGUGCUAUAAUUGAUGAUUGGGAAAACGGUCUGUUGAGUACGGAUGAUACAGUUAAUGAAUUAAUAAAAUCUCAAUAUAAGCAACAUAUUAUUGACUUGAGUACGAAAUAUUCAAUUGUUAGUCCAUUCACAAGUUUUGUGGCAAUCGAAGAACGAGAUAAAGAAGAUAAAAAUAUACAACAAGGUGUUAAUCUAUUAAAUAUUAUGGUUGACAAAGAUAUCGAUUUACUGCCGUAUAUUGGAUGGGAUGGAGAAAACUCGCAGAGUGCACUUGAAUUGCUUGUUCUCGUAGGCAUUAAUGAUGAUUGA